AUGUCCAAUUCUGAAGGUGAACAAAAUACCGUUGCUGCUUUGUUUGAGCUGCAAGCCGAUUUGCUAGCGAAAAUGGACCGCAAUAUCACAAAUUUUCAGAACGAACCGCCGCACAGUAAAGCUAAAAUCGACCGUUUAAAUACUCGUUUGCAAACAUACCAUCGUGAUUAUGACGAUUUUGUGAAAAAUCAUCAGAAAUUAGUGAAAAAUGCCAAGCCAAACGAUAAAAAACAUGAUUAUUUCAAGAGUUUUCAUAUUGACUUUUUUGAAUCGAAAUUUCUUGAUGCGGUCUCAGCAGUACGUGAACAUAUUGGCAAAAUAACGGCAACUCAGUCGGUGUCUGUUUCAGAAGAAAGUGCACAAAAUCAUUCGAUGAUAUUCAAUUCGCACAGUGAAUCAGAGGUACGUUUGCCACCAAUUGAAUUGCCUACGUUUUCAGGGGAAUUUACCGAAUGGCCGUCGUUUGCGGAUCGUUUUGGAUCGGCAGUUCAUAAACGUAACAUCUCCGAUGCUAAUAAACUCGUGUACUUAAAGAGCACAUUACGCGGUGAUGCUGCUUUGCUUAUAAGUGAACUCACUACUACGGAUGCAAACUAUUUGACCGCAUGGAAAUUGCUAAAAGAGAAUUACGAAAACAAACGCGUUAUAUUUAAUCAUGCGAUGAACACUUUACUCAACUACGAUGCGCAAAGGAAAGAAACAGCAUCGUCGUUCAAAUCAUUAAUCGGCAACACUGACGCAACUGUCAAAUCGCUUGAGAGCAUUGGCAUUGACAAGUCUAUUGUAAGCAAAUUUAUCGCAUUUCUUGUCUGUAGUAAAUUGCCAUUAGAAACUAUUAGUUUUAUUGAACAAAACAUUGCAUCACAUGAUUCAAUUUUGGAAUAUGAAGAGCUAAAGAAAAUUUUGUUCAUCCGUAUUCGUUCGCUCGACAUUGUGAAUCAAACAAAACGAGAUACCGUCAGCAACAACAACAGCAAUUAUGGCAACAACGUUUCCAGCACGAAACAAUCAGCGUACACCAAACCGAAUGUCAAUACAAAGAAAGUAAACACUUAUCAUUUUUCAUCGAAACCGUCUCAAUCGAAUCCAAAUCAACCGAACGGCAAUGUGUUUGCCUGCAAAUUAUGUUCAGAUAAUCAUCCGAUCCGAAUCUGUUCGAAAUUUUUAUCAUUUCCAUCAAACGAACGUGAAUCAACAGUUGAACGAUUACGACUUUGUAGGAAUUGUUUAUCACCUACACAUUUAGUUGCUGCGUGCAAAUCUCCAAAAAAUUGUCGAGAAUGCGGUUCUCGUCAUCACACACUCAUUCAUCCAUAUCACCGUCAAGCUAUUUCAGCAAGUACCAACAAUUCUCAUACUAAUAACGAAAAUCACACGAACAACAAUUCCGUCAAUUCUACUCAUUCAAUCGCACAAAAUUCAGGUAAUCCGAUUUAUCGUUCCAAUCAUAAUCAGACAAUCAAUCUUCACUCUUUUCGACAAGUACUUUUAGCAACUACAAUUGUAAAAGUAAGGGCAUCUACCGGGGAUUACGUACCAUUACGGGCAUUAUUUGAUCAAGGUGGUGAUGGAACGUCAAUUUCUGAAUCGGCCAUUCAAUUGUUAAAAUUGCCAACACAUAACCAUCACGUUGAGAUUAGACCAUUCGGUGGAGGUGCACCAUUGUACGCUAAUAAAAUAGUCGAAUUGAAUCUUAAAUCAAUGUACAACGAUUCAUUCCAAGUCACAGCACCAGCCGUAGUAAUGAGUUCUCUCACCGAUUGUCUACCGGCAAAUUUCGUCAAAGUUGACAACUGGCCUCACAUUGAAGGUCUAGAGCUCGCGGAUCCGUCAUUCUUCAAGUCAUCGAAAAUUGAUUUGGUGCUCGGAGCCGAUAUUUAUUAUUGUGCUUUGAUGGAGGGUCUAAAAAAGGGUCCCAUUGGCACACCAAUGGCUCAACAAACGGAGCUCGGAUGGAUUUUGUCCGGACCGGUAACUAUUGAAAAAUCUAUUCCGAAUAUCGUUGUGCAAAAUCAUGUGACGAUUGAUUUAAACGAGUCCAUUCAACGCUUUUUUGAAAUGGAAUCUCUACCUCAAAGUAAUUUAAAAUCGAAAGACGAUCAAUAUUGUCAAGAGUUUUUUGAUCGUACUACCAUCCGUACCGAUGAUGGCCGCUUACAAAUGCGAUUACCAUUUAAGUUGCCACGCAAUUUACCCACAACUACAUUAGGCAAAUCUAAAGAGAUUGCACUACAACAAUUUUUACGUUUGGAACGUCGUUUCAAAUUCAACGCUAAUUUCAAAUCCGAAUAUUCCAAGGGAAUGGAAGAUUAUAUCGAACAAAAUCAUAUGCAACUUGCUACAAAUACUGAAAAGGAUUGCAUUCAUUUUUCGCCCGAGGGGGAAAUGUACUAUGAAUCGUAUUAUAUUCCGCAUCAUGCAGUCAUCAAGGAGGACAGAGUAACAACGAAAUUAAGGAAUGUUUUCAAUGCAUCACAAAAAUCAUCAAACGGCAAUUCUUUAAACGAUGUUUUAUACCCAGGACCGGUUAUGUUAGCCGAUUUAGUUGCCAUUCUACUCAACUGGCGUUGCCACCGCAUAGCAUUUUGUGCUGAUAUUCAACAAAUGUAUCGUCAAAUUCGUAUUCAUCCGGACGAUAUUACAUAUCAACGAUUAUUUUGGCGAAAGAAUUUCGACGAAGAAAUUCAAGAAUAUUGCAUGAACCGUUUAACUUUUGUCACAAACUUUGCUCCAUCAUUCGCAAUUAUGGGUUUACAUUAUUUAGCUAAAAACGAAGAGGCUAAAUUUCCACAGGGAUCGGAAAUUAUUCGAAACGAUACUUACAUGGAUGAUACAAUAUCUGGUAGUUCAACUACUGAAUCGGCACUCAGGGAUCAGCAUGAAACUAUUGAAAUACUCAAUUCAGCUGGAAUGAAUUUACGGAAGUGGGCAAGCAAUGCGCCUGAACUAUUGCAAUCCGUUCCAGAAGAACAUCGUGUCGAUUUCGGAAAAAAUGUGUCACUAACAAAACACGAAUCGAUAAAGACACUGGGCACAUUUUGGAACACAUCCACAGAUACAUUUCAUUUUCAACUUUCCAUCGAUUGUUCAUCGAAACAAUUUACCAAACGAGAAAUAAUGUCAACUAUAUGCAGAUUAUUCGAUCCAUUGGGAAUAAUUUCUCCGGUCAUUUCACGAGCAAAAAUACUUAUGAAAGACGUUUGGCGUUCAAACUGUGGAUGGGAUGAAGCAGUUGACACCGAAUUGGAGGCUAAAUGGCGUAAGUAUAUUUUUGAGUUGCAAACUUUGAAUGAAAUCAGAGCAAAUCGUUGGAUUUCUUUCUCACCUAAUUACAUUUCUGUUCAAUUACAUGGUUUCUGUGAUGCUUCGUUCCAUGCAUACGGUGCUGGUAUUUACUUGCGUAUUGUUGAUGAAAACGAACAAAUUUCAACGAGUCUCGUCAUGUCAAAAUCGAAAGUAGCACCUAUGUCACCAGUCACAAUUCCAAGAUUGGAAUUAUGUGGAGCCGUAGUACUGGCUGAGCUAAUGGAAUACACCAUCAAUACAUUGCGUCACAUUAAAGUGAAACCAGAAGAUAUAAAACUAUGGACAGAUUCACAAACGGCAUUACAAUGGAUUCGUACCGAUCCAAAUCGAUGGCAAAUGUUUGUUUCUAAUCGUGUCGCCGCCAUUCAAAAAGCAUCGAAUAUCAAUCAGUGGAAUCAUGUCCGAACAUUCGAUAAUCCGGCGGAUUUGAUUUCAAGAGGUGCUUCACCAAACGAUUUAUGUUCAUCAGAUUUAUGGUGGUAA